AUUCCCGAUAUUUCCAAUAUUAGACUUGAUGGGGCAUUGAUCACUGCACUUGUUGAGAGGUGGCGUCCAGAGACAUCCACAUUCCACCUGUUUACUGGAGAGUGUACCAUCACUCUCCAAGAUGUGGAGUUACUUCUAGGUUUGAAAAUUGAAGGAUUGCCUCUAACCACCAAAACAGAAAAAAGUGAGACAGAUGCAGCAAAAAAAAUAUGUGAUAUAUGUUUGGGAUGUCAUCCUACAGUUCAAACUGACCUUCUAGGUAAUAAGCUGAGGAUGAGUUGGCUACGACGUGAGUUUGGAACUCUUCCAAAUAAUGCUGGCGUCCAGGAUUUGAAGAGUUUUGCCAAUGCUUACAUCUUGUCACUCAUUGGAGGAGUGUUAUUCCCAAAUCGUUUUGGGGCGAACGUUAGCUGCAGUUUCUUGUGGAUCCUGCGUGAUCGGGAUAAGGCUACUAGUUACUCAUGGGGAUCUGCCGUCUUGUCGAACACAUAUCGUGAGAUGGGCAGAAUGGUCUUUGGUUAUGGAUCAACAGGCGGUAGUACACAUGGGGACUUGGCUGGUUGUUUCAUUCUCCUUCAAUUGUGGGCUUGGCAGAGGCUACCAAGCAUUGCACCCAUUCCCCGAGAGCCCGAUGUGCAUCACGUCCCUUUUGGAUUAAGGUAA